AUGUCAGGUCUUAGUAUUUCUAUUAUUAUCGACAAAAAAGAUAGAAUACUACCUAAAUCUUUUAACAACCGUCCUGGGUAUGAUAUGAGAUAUGUAGAAAUUCUUGAACCUAAAGACCUGAUGCAAGAAUAUUGGGAUCAUGAUUGUAAUAAACCAAAAACUAGAGAUGCAAAUAAUAAUACUCUGGAUGAUAUGAAAUUUUUAGGUUUAACAAGACAUGAAGUGAAAAAUUCUCAAACUCGAGAACAAUUUAAUCAGUGGUGUACUGAAUGGAUUGAAUUAUAUAAAAACAAUCCUAUAAUGUGCAGUUCUAUUAUUAAUAGACAAUAUAAAGAAUAUUAUAUUUAG